UUAUAAAUAUUAUAUCGCAAAUAUUUUCGUUAAAUAGUGUGUUUUUAAUCAUAAUUAUGGCAUUCAAACCAGUUACCCAUGUCUUAUUUGAUAUGGAUGGACUCUUACUAGACACUGAGGAACUAUACACAAAAGCAUUCCAAAAUAUUCUAUCUCGCUAUGGCAAGGAAUACACAUUUGAAUUUAAAUUAACACUAAUGGGCCUGCAAGGGCAUGAAGUAGCACAGAAGGUUGUAUCUAAACAUAACUUGCCACUCACACCUGAGGAGUUUUCAAGUGAAGCAAAAAAACUCUUUGAAGUUUAUUUUCCUGAGACCAAACUUAUGCCGGGAGUUGAAAGAUUAUUAAGACAUUUAAAAAAACACAAAGUACCAAUAGGUCUAGCUACCAGUUCCAGUAUAGAGUCCUAUCACAUGAAAACUGAUAAGCAUCACCAAGAAAUAUUCUCCCUAUUUGAUUACAAGACUUUCGGCUCAUCAGACCCAGAAGUGAAGAGGGGUAAACCUUACCCUGAUACAUUUUUGGUGGCAGCUGGAAAGUUUCCCGAUAAACCGAUGCCAGAGAAGUGUCUAGUAUUUGAGGAUGCUGUAAAUGGAGUAAAAUCAGCAUUGGCAGCUGGUAUGCAAGUGGUUAUGGUACCAGAUCCUCGUUUGAGUGCGGAAAUGACGAAAGAAGCUACUCUUGUACUCAGAAGCUUGGAAGAAUUCAAACCAGAAUUGUUUGGUUUACCUGCUUUUGAUUAGA